AUGAAAAAGAGAAAUAAUCCUGAUAUAGAGAAAGUUAUCAAAGUUAUUUCAGAAACUUCAAAUGAUCCAGACAAACAGGAUGAAAAAUCAGUUGAAUCAGUUGCCAAAUUCAUCGAAUCUCCAGAAUCAAUCAAUUAUUCGAUUGGUUUACUCAAAUCCGGCCAAAUCAAUGCUCAAAUUGUUGCGUGUAAUAUCAUAAUAAACUAUCUUUCAGCAUCUGAUUCUCAAAACAUUGAAUUACAAAAUCAAAUUCGAAAUUUUGCAUUUUCUCAUGCACAAUCUUAUGAUUCAAUAAUAAAUAAACAAUUGAUUACUAUUGUAGCAAUGAUUGCUAUUAAAGAUUUCCCAGAAAAAUGGCCUUCUUUCUUAGAUGAAGUUCUUUCUUCACCUGUUGUUGGUUUACAGAUACUACAUAAAUAUUUUACACUUUUAGUCGAUGAGAAUACGAAAAACAUUGCUCCAUCUCGAUUUAAACAAAUUCAAACAUUUUUCAUCAAAAAAGAAAACGAUUUAGUCAAUCUUAUUAACUCCUCACCAAACAAAACCCCAAAGAAAUACCUGCAAACUAUGAUUUCCAACAUUUACAGUCCAGAAAUGACAAUUUCAAAAUUAAAAUCUUCAAAUAAAAGUCCAAAACGGCAAACAACUGCAGCAGACGAGUUUUCAGAAAGAAACAAAGAUGCAAUAUCCCAAUUGCAUACAAAAAUUCAAGAAAAAGAAAGGAAUAUUGAUUUUAUGAUGAAUGAAAUUGCCAAAAUCAAGAAUGACUUAGAAUCAAGGAAACUAGGCUUCGAUGGCAAAGUCCAACGUAAAAGGGAAGAGAUGAAAAACCGCUACAAAGCAAUGAUUGAAGAAUUACAAUCCAGAGCAGCAACACAGCUUGCAGAGAACGAAUUAUUGACAUCUAAGAUAUCAGAAAUAACAUCUAAGAUCAAUGACAUUGUUAAUGCUCCAAUAAAUGUAAAAAAAGUGAAAUUAAAUUUUGAUUUUUCAAAAAAUACUGAAAAACUUCUUAAAGAGCGAGAAAAAGAGAUCAGAGAACAAUGUAGUAAAGAGUUCUACCCAUUCUUCCUUAAAUUGCAGCAAGAACAUGAAGAAAAUAUUGAAUCUUUGGAAAUUGAACACGAAAACGAAAUUAAAAGGAUUCAUGAAGCUGCAUUUGAUGAAUUAAAGAUAUUCAAGCCGAGAGUGUUCAUUUCGCAAGAGGAAAUCGCUGCCAGACAAAAAUUUGAAAAAAUUCAAAAUAAUUUAAAUUCAGAAUACGAAAUUCAGAAAAAUGCACUUCUGAAACAGAUUUCUGAGAUAGAAACAGAUAGGGAUAAUAAUUUACAGCAGUUAUUUGAAGAAACAAAACAAAAAAUUCAAAAUGAAAAAUCAUUUUUCUCAAAACGAAGAAAAAUUGUUCGUCAGAACGUUAAAAAUGCAAAGAGCCAAAUUCCUCAACAAAUCGAAGUUCCAAAGCUUUCUCCCGAAGAAGAAAAAAAUUUAAGAUUAUUUGUUGAGCAAAAACUGAAAUCUGACUUCGAAAAGCAGUUGGAAAGCCAGGUAAAUAAUGUACAGGAGAACCGUGAGAACAUGGUCAAAGAAAUGAAAGAGAUGGAAAAUAAUGAAAUUAAAAAAGCUUCAGAGAAUAAUGAUCUUAUAAUAUAUAACCUUGAUAAUGAAAUAUCUGAUCUUGACGAAGAGUUAUUGUCAUUAAAUCAAGAAUUAGAAAAAUUAAAAUUAAAUUAUGAAAAUUUAAGUGCUGAAAGAAGCUCAAAUGAAGAUAACUUUAGCCAAAUGAGAGGCGAGAAGCUGUAUUAUGCUGAUAAUUUAAGAGAUCUCGAAGCAAAAUUAUUAAAAUACAAUUUUGAGGAAGAGGAAGAAGAAUCACAAGAAGUAUUGGCAUUGCAGAGUGAAUUAGAAAAGUUUUCACAUGAAAUUGAUAGAGAAAAAAAGAAUCAUUUGAAAUUAAUAAAUUCUCUUGUUUCUCAGCACGAAUCAACGAAAAACAAGAUCAGUUCAAGAGCAGAAGAACUAUUUGUUGUUAAAGAUCAAGCAAUUUCACAGUUGAAACUCAAAAUUAACGAGACUAAGAAAAAGAUUAAAGAAAUUCACAGUGAAGUUACUUCUCUAGUAAAUUAA